AUGACAAUAUUUGAAAAUAGAAUCUAUAGAAUAAUAAUAGAAUAUCUUUGGUUUGAUAGUAAGAAUAAGAGUUAUGCAAGAUCAUUGUGUUUGGUCAAUUGGUACUUCCACCGUGUCAUAUGUUCUCUAAAUAUUAGUUUUAAUGGUAGUCAUGAGAAAUUAAACCAGUUGUUCACUCAUCAUUUUCAGAGACAAUCAUCAGAUUUGUUGUUAUCACAGGCAUUAAACAAAUGUGCAUUGUUUAGUUCUUUGACAGAGUUAAGAAUUGGUAACCUUAGCAGCAGAAAUCCUUUGCCACUUGAUGACCUGAAAUUGAUUCUACCGCACAUUCGAUCUUUUUCCUGUAUUGGUGGACCAAAUGAUUACGAACUGAUGGUUAGCAAUGGAAUGCACUCUCUCGAGUGUUUGGAAAUAAAUACCGAUACAUCCUAUUUCAAUGAUUUUGAGUUGUUGUCACCCAACUUGAAACAACUAAAGAUGGUGUUACACCGACUAAAUUUCGAUUAUUAUGACUUUAGUUCAUUCGUUCCACUCACCAAAUAUCUGGUGUCAGAAGCAUUUCAAAAGUUGACAUCUCUCGACAUCGUAGAUACCAAUAUAAAUGGCAGCUAUUGUUAUUUCAUAAUGGAUAGUAAAUAUUCAUCGGUGUUGUUUGACGGUCUCCUCAAUUUUCAAUCACUUCAACACUUGGGUUUCACUUUCGUUCGUGAUAUAAAGAUCGUGACCGAGUUCAAAGAGAAACUUCUCGAAUACUUGGAGAAACAAAAGACAUUGAGAAGCUUCGACUUGCCACACAUGUUCUACUCAAUAGAUUCCGAUUGUCUCUGGUAUCUAGUGCGGAACUCAUCGAUUGAACAACUCUCUAUUAACAUUUGUGAAAUGGCUUCUUUCCAUUUCCCAACCAUUCAAAGAGACAACCUCAAGAAAUUGACCGUCAUAGUAGAUAAAUAUUCGACUUCCCUAGGUAAUCUAUCAACAAUAAAACACAUUAAAGUCAUUCAAAGACGUUCGGAACGGUCUUCAGAUUCAUUCGAACGAAUCAAAUCUCUUUUCAAAGCACAAAAAAAUUUGCAAGAUUUACAUGGAUUUAAAGCAAACCGAGUAUUAAAGUAUGUGAUUCCCUUUGACGAAAGUAAAGAAAUCGACAAUGAUUUUCUUCAAGCUCUCAAGAAUAACACAACUCUCAAAAGAUUUUACCUCAGAUGGGAGCUUUGGAAGGAUUUCAACAGUAAAAAGAAACCAAUAGAAGAUAUCAUUCAGAAUCAUCCAACCAUAAGAAACAAAGAAUGUUGGUUGUCAAAAUAUAAAUGGAAAGAAUAUCAAUCCAUUGAAUAUUAA